AUGGACGACCUCACCUUCCACCAAUCCCUCGAAGCCCUCGCCACCAACGCCUACAACCCCGACCUCUCCACCAACGAUUCUCCCUCUGAGCCCAUCUCCCAGACAAUCUCCCGCUGGCACGCCCUCUUCUCCAUCCCCGAAUCCACCGCCGUGGACAGAAUCCUGGAGCAUCGCAACAACCUAACCCGCAUCCGCGUCUCAGACGCCCACUGGGAAGCCGUCGAAGCCGAGCGAGUGGCGUCGGGCUAUGAUCGGGAAGCUUACGAGUAUGAACUAGAGUUGCAGAAGAAGAGGGCGCUUCUGCCGGAGUUGAUGCCGGAGUCUGAGGGCGCGUUCACGGUGACUUAUCUGGUGGAGCUGGCGGGUCCACUGGAGUCGCCUGAGAAGGUCCAGCGUGCUGCUGAAGGGCGGGAGGUUUCGCUCUGCUGCCUCGACGGGGCGGCGAAGAACGCACUGCUGCGAUGGGCUGCGGAGGAAGGCGGCGGCUCCGAGCCAACGAUCCUGGUCAACCCAAAGUCACUGCGAUGA